UGGUCACAACCAUAAGACACGGAUCGAUGAAUACAAUAGUAAAGUUUGAAAACACGACGAAGAAGAUGUCUGCUAAGAUGCGUCACGGCCUCACGACAGCGAUCCUUCUGUUUAUCCUGCUUCCGUCCGGUGAGGCUAUUUGGCUAGACGUGCCUACCACGGGAACAAAGUGCGUGUCUGAAGAAAUACAGAGCAAUAUUGUCGUCUUGGCCGAUUACAUCAUAAUAUCCGAGGAUCAUUCUCUCAAACCCACUAUAUCCGCCAAGGUGACGUCACCAUACGGCAAUAAUUUGCACCAUUCGGAAAACGUGACGCAUGGAGAAUUUGCAUUUACGACAAAAGAAUCAGGGAACUACAUAGCCUGCUUUUGGGCAGAUGCAAAGAGUCACGGCAACAAGGACGUUAGCAUCAACGUUGAAUGGAAAACUGGAAUCGCUACUAAGGAUUGGGCUUCUAUUGCUAAGAGAGAGAAGCUCGAGGGAGUGGAGCUGGAGAUUAGGAAACUUGAAGGCGCAGUCGAAGCCAUCCAUGAGAAUCUAAUAUACCUAAGAAACAAAGAAGCAGACAUGAGGACAGUGAGUGAGAAAACGAACUCGCGAGUAGCUUGGUGCAGUAUGAUGUCACUGGGUAUUUGCAUUGUUGUCUCUGGAUUACAAGUAGCCUACUUGAAGCACUAUUUUGAGAAGAAGAAACUUAUCUAAGCAAACCUUUUUGACUCAUCCACUUCCUU